UCUGGUGUUUACUAGCCUAAUUCUGGAGCAGUCAUUCAACGAGAAGGAUGCAUCUUUUUAUGAUCCAGUUGAUGGUUGCCGUAAACUUGAAUAAUGGAUGGGAUACUUUUGAUAAAGUGGAAUAUCUUGAUAUAAACCAAGGUCAGAUAACCUCACCUGGAUACCCCGGCAAAUAUACAAACAAUGUAAAACAUGCAUGGGAAAUUAGGACCAGACCUAAUUUAACUUACUUUAUAUUUACAAUACAUGACAUGGAUAUUCCCUGUGGCGACUAUCUAAAGAUUGAGGAAGUCAAUCCAUGCUGCCACACUCCCUUCUAUAAAUGUGGUAAAAUGCAUGAACAAAAAAGGACAGUUUAUGUAAGAGGAAAGCAAAUUAGGAUAUCUUUUACAUCCGACAACACACUGAAUGCUAGAGGCUUUAAUCUUUCUUGGACAGGUAUAUGUAUUAUUCUAUAUUUAUUUUCUACAUUAUUCUUUAUUCAUUAUCUAUGAACCAAUUUUAUAGCAUUGCUAUUUCAACUCCAUCAACAUGUAAAUUUAAACUGUGCUC